CAACCCUCACAGCCCCUCCACUUCCCCCCAGUGGCUUUCCCUCCCAGUCCGGAGAAGCAGCCGAAGCAGGCAAUGGGUUCCCACUGUGGCAAGCUGGGCACGAGUCACAGCCGGGGCCACGAAUCCUCCAUAAAGAAGCUCGUGGCCUGCAUCAGUCAAGACAACUUCUCCCUGUCCUCAGAGGAUGAGGAAGAGGAGGAGGGGGAAGAAGAGGAGGAGGAGGAGGAGGAGCUCCCGGUACAGGGCAAGCUGCUGCUGAUGGAGCCCGAGAGGCAGGAAGAGGGCGCCGAAGACGACCCCGUGGCCCAGCAGAGCCCCAAGUCCAAGCAGGCGCACUCCUGA